AUGCGUCCGGGAGCGGACGAGGAGGGUCGCGUCGCCGAGCUGAGACACAACGUCGCUCGCGUCGAGACGCAGCUGCAGGAGAUCCGGGAGACGCUGCCUCGCAAGAAUGGGACCUACCUGCAGAUCAUCGUCGGAAACGUCAACGUGUCCAUUCUCAACAAGGCGGACAGGAUGCGUCCGGGAGCGGACGAGGAGGGUCGCGUCGCCGAGCUGAGACACGACGUCGCUCGCGUCGAGACGCAGCUGCAGGAGAUCCGCGAGACGCUGCCUCGCAAGAACGGGACCUACCUGCAGAUCAUCGUCGGAAACGUCAACGUGUCCAUUCUCAACAAGGCGGACAGGCCAAAACAAAAUAUAGGUGUGCGAGUAUCCUUCACAAGGUGGCAGCACCGUAAUGUCGUCUCGCGUCUCGUUGCCAGGGUCCUGGACGCCAUCUUUCUUUUCUUGCUCGUCUGGUACUACUGCACGCUGACGAUUCGCGAGAGCAUAUUACAAGUGAACGGCUCUCGCGUGAAGGGCUGGUGGCGCGCGCACCACUACAUCUCCACCGUGCUGAGCGGUCUCAUCAUCACCUGGCCUGACGGUCCGGUGUACCGCUCUUUCCGAAAUCAGUUCAUGUGGUUUUGUCUGUACAUAGCUAUAGUGCAGCUCUUCCAAUACCAAUACCAGCGGGGAUGUCUCUACCGACUCAAAGCUCUGGGAGAGAGACACAACAUGGACAUCACAAUCGAUGGAUUCCAUCAGUGGAUGUGGAAGGGCCUCACCUUUCUUCUUCCGUUCCUCGCCAUCGGCUACGUGUUUCAGCUGUAUAACGCCUACGUAUUAUAUCACCUCAGCUUCGACCCACAGUGUCAGGAAUGGCAGGUUCCCGUGUUGAGCUUCAUCUUCCUGCUGUUGUUCACGGGGAACACGCUCACGAUGAUCAUUGUAGUGAAGAACAAGGUUCAGGAAGUUCUCCAGCGGCCGGGCAGCAGCACCGACCGCCUCAAGAACAAGUACAAGAUGGCGUGAGCGCCGCUGCGCGCCUGCAGGGGGCGCCACUGCAGCGGCCGGACAGCAGCACCGACCGCCUCAAGAACAAGUACAAGAUGGCGUCGCCGCCACUACGCACCAGCAGGGGGCGCCAGUGCAGCGUGUGUGUCAGCGAUGUAUAUUUAGUACAGAGGGUGCUGUACAAAUUGUAAGAGAGAGAGAGAGACAGAGUAAUGCAGAGGGAGGCGCCACACUGUGCAGAAGUAAUACAGUAGAGGAAAUGUAGGGGGCGCCACACUGUGCAGAAGUAAUACAGAGGCUGGUAAUACAGUAAAGGAAAUGUAGGGGGCGCCACACUGUGUAGAAGUAAUACAGAGGCUAGUAAUGCAGUAGAGGAAAUGUAGAGGGUGCCAUGCAAUGCUGUUAGUGUAGAGAUGAUAUAUGCCAUUAGUGUGAACAGGGUUCAGUACAGGUGUUAAAUUGUUUUAAAGCCAUCUAUGACAAUCUCCGUAGCUUUUGAAGUCGCAGUGUAUCGGCGUAAAUAUAUGUUGUGAACUGUUUUGAGAUUCCCCCAAUCAUACAAUAUUUACACCGGGGAGAAAUACACAUUUUUCCGGAAAUAGCCGAACGGUUCCGAAUCGUACCAAGUCAGAACGAUUUGUUUCGUUUUUUUAUAUUUAAAAAAAAUAUUUUCCUGUUUAGGGUUAGGGCUAGGGUUCAUGUAUACAAUACAUGUGUACACAUGUGUGGAAAAUGUGUAUUUCUCCCCGGUGCAUGAUUCCAAUCAUACAGCUAGUUGGUCGUGGUCAACGCGGUGUUGGCAGAAAGAUGCGAGGGGUUUAGGGUUAGGAUUAGGGUUAGGUUUUUUUUAUAUUUAAGUGCCUAGUAGUCAUAUC